GUCAAGGCAAGCACCGAACAAAAACCCGAUCGAAAUCGACGCGAGCACGGAGGGAGGGACAGAAGCCAAUGGACGAUUUGUGGAGAUGGAGGGUUCUUCCCUUGCUGGUUUUGAUCGCUUCCUCCCUCGUUCUUUACCUCAGAAGCAACCCCAAGAAGUCAGUUACUGAAUGUAGCCUUUUUCGCCAUGACCACUAUUGGAUAACCAGCAAGCGGGUUGUUACACCUCGCGGUGUCAUUGAGGGCGCAGUGGAAGUAAAAGAAGGGAAAAUAGCCUCCGUGAUUGAAACAGACAAUCAGAAAGGGUGGGCAUCUGGAGGGAAGGUUGUGGAUUUUGGAGAAGCAGUUAUCAUGCCUGGUCUUAUUGAUAUACAUGUGCAUCUUGAUGAGCCUGGAAGAGUUGAAUGGGAAGGAUUCUCAUCAGGAACGAAAGCAGCUGCUGCAGGUGGCAUAACAACACUGGUAGACAUGCCUCUUAACAAUUUUCCUUCUACAAUUUCUGAAGAGACACUAAGAAUGAAGGUUGAGGCUACACAGGGGAAGAUUUAUGUGGAUGUUGGUUUCUGGGGUGGUUUAGUUCCAGAAAAUGCUUACAAUAUAACCAUGUUGGAUGGUCUCCUGCAUGCUGGUGCACUUGGUUUGAAGUCUUUUAUGUGCCCUUCAGGAAUAAAUGACUUCCCAAUGACAAAUAUAACACAUAUCAAGGAGGGUUUACAUGUCUUAGCCAAGUACAAGAGGCCUUUGCUUGUGCAUGCAGAAGUAGUUUUGGAUCAUGAGACUGAUGAAGGAGUUGGUGGCGGUCCAAAUCCUCGGUCCUAUGCAACAUAUCUUAAGACUAGGCCGACAUCGUGGGAGGAGGCUGCUAUUAGAAACUUACAAGAAGCAAUUAAAGAUACAAGAACUGGUGGUCCAGCAGAAGGAGCUCAUGUUCAUAUAGUUCAUCUGUCUGAUGCAAAAGCUUCACUAGACCUGAUCAAGGACUUGAAACAAAAAGGACAGGAUGGUGGAAGUGUGAGUGUGGAAACAUGUCCUCAUUACCUGGCAUUUGCAGCUGAACAAAUUGAAGAUGGGAAUACUCGUUUUAAAUGUUCUCCACCAAUACGAGAGGCGGCCAAUAGGGAGAAGCUGUGGGAAGCAUUACUGGAAGAACACAUCGAUAUGUUGAGCUCUGACCAUUCUCCAUCAGUACCAGAACUUAAGCUUUUUGAUGAAGGUGACUUUUUAAGGGCUUGGGGUGGAAUAUCAUCUUUGCAGUAUGUUCUGCCCAUUACAUGGACUUAUGGACACAAGUAUGGAGUUACUUUCAAUCAGAUAGCAACUUGGUGGAGUGAGAGGCCAGCAAAGCUUGCUGGUCAAAAGUACAAGGGAGCAAUUGUAGUGGGAAACGAUGCAGAUUUUGCUGUGUGGGAACCUGAAAUGGAGUUUGUUCUUGAUGAUAACUAUAAAACAUACCAUAAGCAUCCGAACAACUCACCCUACAUGGGAAUGAAGUUAUCUGGCAAGGUUGGGGCAACUUUUGUGAGGGGAAAUCUGGUGUUCUCUGACGGAACACAUGCAUCUGAAGCCUGUGGUGCUCCAAUCCUUGCACAAUAUUGAUGAACAAUUCAGCUUGCCUCUCAGAGAAAAACUGCUAUUGCGAAACUAGAUCCAAGUACUUUGACAAUGUUGGGGCUUUUAAUAUUGUCAUUGAUUUUUUUUUUAAAUCAAAAUAUACUUUUUUGUAGGCAUAAAAAAGUUUGAUAUGUUACAUUAGAAGUGUCUACAAAGGCAUAUUAUCCUUGUUAAAACUAUUGAUUUAUCCAACUUUCUUAAAUGUGGUAGUGGGAUAUUUUACACUUUUGCAAAUGUCAUAUUGUGAGAGCUCUUUUGUAAAUCAUCUUAUAGAUACUAAUCUUGAGUAUCAACACAAAA